UUAGUGGAUUAAAAAAGUCUGACGCGUACGCAAAUAUCAUAUUUUAAAAAGAUUAAUGACGCGCCAAGUCGUUAUCUAACUCAUCUAAACGGUUACAGCUGUUUCUUAGCCUUUCUGUUUUCUCUGCAUGAACCCUAUUCCAAUAAAAAAGGUGAGAUUUUUUUGCAUAUUUUGCCAUAGAAGGACACUUUGAGAGUCCUUCUGAUGAAAAUAUGGCCAAGGACUCACUUCUUCCUUUAUUCCCACUUCAGGGCUCGCUUUUCACCUAUUUAAACCAUCAUUUUCCUUUCUCCAUUUUGCCGUCAUCACCCAACAACAAAACCCUAGUUUUGGUUUCUCUGGAUCUGAAGAAUCUCCAUGACUAUUCUCAUAGAUCGCCACUCUGAUCAGAACGAUGCAGGAGAUGAGAUUGUAGAGAAGAAUCAGGGGAAUGGUAAAGAGGAAGAAACAGAGUUGGUGUUAGAUGCAGGUUUCGAGGCUCCUCACACCAACUCUUUUGGUCGCACCUUCAGGGAUUAUGAUGCUGAGAGUGAAAGGAGAAGAGGUGUUGAGGAAUUUUACAGAGUCAAUCACAUUGGCCAAACCGUUGAUUUCGUGAGGAAGAUGAGAGAAGAAUACGAGAAGCUAAAUCGUACGGAGAUGAGCAUUUGGGAAUGUUGCGAGCUUCUGAAUGAGUUUAUCGACGAGAGUGAUCCUGAUUUGGACGAACCUCAGAUCGAGCAUCUGCUUCAGACAGCUGAAGCCAUCAGAAAAGAUUACCCUGAUGAAGACUGGCUCCAUCUGACCGGUCUUAUCCACGAUCUUGGAAAAGUUCUUCUUCACUCUUCAUUUGGUGAGCUCCCUCAGUGGGCUGUCGUCGGUGAUACAUUUCCAGUGGGAUGUGCUUUUGAUGAAUCUAUUGUUCACCACAAGUACUUCAAGGAGAAUCCAGACUAUGAUAACCCGAGUUACAACUCUAAGUAUGGGAUAUACACUGAAGGCUGUGGGCUCGACAAUGUGUUAAUGUCUUGGGGACAUGAUGAUUACAUGUACCUUGUUGCGAAGGAGAAUCAAACUACUUUACCAUCAGCCGGUCUUUUCAUCAUCAGAUACCAUUCGUUCUACGCUCUUCACAAAUCAGAAGCAUACAAGCAUUUGAUGAACAAUGAAGACAGAGAGAACAUGAAGUGGCUUAAAGUGUUCAACAAGUAUGAUCUCUACAGCAAAAGCAAAGUCCGCGUAAACGUUGAGGAAGUGAAACCAUAUUAUCUCUCCCUUACCAACAAGGUAGUAUGUAUAUACUUUAAAAUGUGUUUUCAAAUUUUAUAUAGCAAACUUUGGUCUAUGCCGGCGAGUUUAAUCGGUGUUUAUUAUAUUAUUUGCAGUAUUUUCCGUCCAAGCUAAAAUGGUGAAACCCUACAAGCAGAAAGCUUUCUAAUAAAAUGGAUUAGAGAAUGCGACCAAAAUAAAACCUUUCAACAAAAAAGAAAAUGUGACAAAAAAAUGCAUGUGUAAAUGUAAAGGCGAUAACGGAUAUGCCUUGAUGAAUAAAACAGAGUGUUGUUUCGUUUGUGCCACUGCAAGGGUUACUUUAGAGAUGUUACACUCCGGUUGAACUUAACACAUGAUUAUUUCAUCCAUGAGAC